GCGGCUCCCGCUCCCCCUCUGUCUCUCUCUCUCUCUGUACCCCCGGAGCUGACCGACCGGAGCCGCUCUUCCCGUUGACAGGACGAUGAGUUCGGAUGUGCCCCCCCCCGGGGAUCACGAGUGCCUCCACCCCCGGGUUGGCCGCGAGAAAGCCGAGCCGUGUCGGAUGCUCGUGACCCCGAACAGCGGGCGGUGCUAUUGCCGGGGCCGACUGCUCGGGAAGGGUGGAUUUGCCCGAUGCUAUGAAAUGACUGAUGUGUCCAGUAAUCGAGUGUACGCAGUAAAGGUUAUUCCACACACCCGGGUCGCAAAACCUCAUCAAAAAGAAAAGAUUGAAAAAGAAAUUCGACUCCACAAGUCUCUGUCAAAUAAACACAUAGUGAAAUUCUACCAUAACUUUGAAGAUCAUGAAAGCAUUUAUAUAUUUCUGGAGCACUGCAGGAACAGGUCAUUAGCACACAUAUUGAAAGCUAGAAAAACGUUAACGGAGCCAGAAGUUCGGUAUUACCUCAGACAGAUUAUACUGGGCCUCAAGUACCUACACGGUCGGGAUAUUCUCCAUCGAGACCUCAAACUAGGUAACUUCUUUGUUAAUGACCUUAUGGAAGUGAAAGUUGGAGACUUUGGUUUGGCCACUAAACUGGAGCCAAAAGAUCAAAGGAAAAGGACAAUCUGUGGUACUCCGAACUAUCUGGCCCCAGAGGUACUAAACAAACAAGGGCACGGGCCUGAGGCUGACGUCUGGUCAUUGGGCUGUGUAAUGUACACUAUGCUAUUUGGCCGCCCACCAUUUGAGACCACAGAUCUGAAGGACACCUACCGAUGCAUUCGGACAGUCGAGUAUACCAUGCCUUCAACGUCUUCAGUGGCUGCAAAGAAUCUUGUGGCCAGCAUCCUGAGGAAAGAUCCGGAACACCGUCCCACCCUAGAUGAAAUUAUCAACCAUGAUUUUUUUACUAAAGGCUUCAUCCCCGACGUACUCCACUCGAGCAGUUGCCUGAUGGUUCCGGAUCUGAGUGUUCCUGCACCCACCAAAAGCCUCCUUAAGAAAAUUACAGAGACUUUCUUUGGGAGAAAGAAAUCCAAAGAUAUUAAAUCUGUCUGUGUAGACAGAGAGGAAAUUUCCAAACUGGCAGUAGAUUUUGCAGAGAAAACUUCAAUCCACAGACAGAUGAGCUACAAAACUGCAGAUCCAGCUGAGCACACGUUUCCCAUCAGCCAGACAGCAAAUUCCUUUCCAGUAGAAACCGCAGAGGAGGAAUCGAGAAGGGCUUCCAGAUCACGCUGCACGCCUGCCAGUGCCCAAAGUGAAACUGCUGAAGACAGUAUCACAGCCCGCCGAGCGGCAGAGUCAGCGAUGCACAUUCUCAAGAGCUGUCUCUCCAACAUGCCAUCACCUAAAAAGAACCCUAUUGGACACAGCAUUCACAGGACAACCCCGUUCAUUUGGGUCACAAAAUGGGUUGACUACUCCAAUAAAUAUGGCUUUGGCUACCAGUUGUCUAAUCGCACCAUUGGGGUGCUCUUCAAUGAUGGCACCCACAUGAGCCUCUCUGCUGACAGGAGAAAUGUGUACUAUUACCUCAAUAACAGUCAGCACUUCUCCUUCUCUGCCUCUGCUAUUCCUGAGCAGUUGGCCAACCAGAUGAAAGUUGUCCAAUAUUUUGCCACCUACAUGGAGGAGCAUUUGAUGGAGGGAGGUGACUUGGCGAGGACUGCUGAAGAUUGUCACGAUCCUUCCUUAUUCCUACUGCAGUGGAUUAAAACUGAUCAUUCCUUAUUGAUGUUGUUCAAUAAUGGCACCUUGCAGGUUAACUUUUAUCAAGAUCACACAAAGCUUAUUCUGUGCAAACCUGAACACUCCCAUCUACUCACCUACAUCAACAAGGAUCGAGUUGCUUGCACCUUCAAACUAGACACCAUUGCAGAAAUUGGCUGCUCACAAGAACUCUACCAUCGCUUGAACUACACCCUGAAACUCUUGCUGUAGCAGAAAGCUGAAGCCAAAUCUGAACUAACUUUUGGGGGGGUGAUGUUGCUAGGAAGUAUUUUAGCAUUGUUUCCACUGUGGAGCCAGCUCUGCAGGAUGCACCAUGAGACUUAAUGAGACCUCAUUGUCUGGCCAGUGUCUGGCUACAAUAAGCUGCUGUUUAAGAAGCAAACCACAAGCCAAUGAGAUGGUUUUAGAAUCUUGCCUCACUUACAAUGUUGCUGCCAUCUGUGAAAAAGAACUUUAUUAUAGAAGCUAUUUUUGUUAAUGCUUUUCUCCUGUAAUGCUUGAGGAUUUAUGAAUGUAUUUUUCUUCAAUAACAAGGUAUUGAGCAAAUGUCUAGUUUCGGGCAAUCUGAGGACUAUAUAGUGAAGUGUUUCCGGGUUGGCUUUUCAGUGAAGACAAUGUGUAGAUCCUGCUGCCUAGCCUGGGGAGAAAUGCCUUGGGGAAAUACAAAUGGUAAGACAAUUUUCAAGAAGUCUUAGUUUUAGCUCUUAAACUCGCCAACUGUGGAGGUGCAAAAAAAACUUUGUGCUUAUCGUCCAUUGCAAUGAGUGGCUUUGAGCAGCGCUUCCAAUUUUUCCAGGAAUUGUUAAUGUGCAGUAAAGUAGAACUUGAGGAGCAAUGUUUCUAAGUGCCAAUGAUUGGAUUUUUUUCUCCUAAAUAUUAAAGGCAAGUUAACUUGCGUUUCACGUCCUCUUUAAAUUUUGCGUUCUUAACUGAUAGUGGGAUUAAACACUAAAUUGGACCAAUUACUAAUUGCCGGUGAUUAUAUUAAAAAAAGAUCUUCACUGACUGAAACCCUUCACUCUGCACACCUCAAUUUGAAACUUUAAAUGCUUGGCUGGCAAUUAGACAGAUUUUAGCAAACAUAUUGCUUUCAGUUUGUUCUGGUGUAGUAAAUGUUCUCACUACUAAACGGCAGGAAUGUGUGGUUUUCCAGUCAUGAGACCCAAGUGCCUUUGGGAAGAAAUUCUCUGUCUUUAGGUAUAUUACCAUUGUGCUGUCGUGUCUGGCUGUGAACCCAAGUUCAGAAUGUUGUCAUUCACCAGUGUUAACUUAGAUCGAUGUAUUGCACUGGUUACAUGUACUGGAUAGACACACUGCCACAGGAUAGGUGAGUGAGGGUAAUAACUGUUAUCAAUCCUGAAGAGAAAGCUUAUGAACUGCCUUUCCCAUUGUGUGUUUGAGUGAGUAAUACCAUGACUUAAAGGCACAGACUAAUUGAAUGGGCAAUAAUCUAUGUAACAUUAACUUUGUAUACUAGAUGACUGGAGUUUUCUCCUACUGAAAUUAUUUCUAUUCCAGUUCUUGGAAACCAAUGUCUUUUGAUUUGGGUUUGAAAUCUGCUGAAAUAACAAACCUGACUGAAUGUGGUGUCGAUUAAUUUUAAGCAUCGGAACAUGAUAAAUUGGGUCUUUAAUAAACGCCACAUCUAGAAGUGUGCCUCGUGUCGAGAGUUGUGCACACACUUGCAUUACAAAUGUGUGUACAAUUGACAUGCUAAAUAGUUCCUGUGAUCUUUAAUCCAUCUUAAUCUAAAUUAAUUAUAGCCCUAUUCCAUACUUCAUUUUCCUUAAUUUAAAUCUGGUCUUAUUUAUGUUGAAUGUGAAUUGAGAUUGUAUUUAUUUUUGUAUUUAUUUUCCACUUGCUUAGGGACUGACAAAUGUGACAAACGUUUGUCUAUCGAGAGGAAUUGUGUGAUAUUGUGUGAAUUUUUUACUAAAAAUAAAAUUUCAUUAAAAUCA